AUGGCAUUAGACCCAGGUCCUCCUUCUGCCUCUGCCCCAGCCUUCCUGGCUGAAGGUUGGGGGGCCCAGGUCCGAUGCUCUGCCAGCUCCUUCCUGUAUGACCCGUGGACUGUGGAUCCCCCUUCUCUGAGCUACAAGAGAACGGGGUGGUGUUUCCAGCAAUGGAGCGUCUGUGUGGAAUCAGCCACCCCGCCCUCCGGCUCCUUCUGGGUUACACCCCAUCCUCGGGGCUGCCCCCUCGAUUUCCUUGAGAAACAGAAGACUCUGAGGGUGCCUCCCCUUCCUCCCGAGGGCACAGCCUUGCCUCUCAAGAGUUGGGUUCAGGAGCAGCGGGCACGCCUGGGCACGGCUGGGUGGUCACCUCGGGCGAGGGACGGGGCAGAAAGAGGAACUCUGUGUCCAGGACACUGUGAUCCCUGGCCAGGGCCCAGGCCUGGGUCGGAGCAGCCACCAGGAGACGUCUGCGGCACGAAUGGGGACCGACCAUGCUUUGGACUCCUGCUCACCCACCGCUUUCUGCUCCCCUGGGUGUCGGCUGCCGCGCAGAACCUAAGGUGGGACUGCGGCCCCUGGCGCGGGAGCCGCCUACCCGCUGCAAGCCCCGGCCCUCGAGGCGGCACCCCGGACCCGGGCGCGGGACCGUGCGCAGACCUGACCGGCAGGGGGCAAGCUCGCUCCGCGCGGCCGGGCCGGGCGGGUCUGAGUGCGCAGGCGCGGGUAUGGGCCGACGCUGCAGUUCCCCGGGUAGCCGCGGGGUGGCGCGGCGGAGGCGGCGAGCGGUGCUCGCGGAGAAGGCCCCUCCGCCACGCCCGCCCUCCGGGGGGUGCCUGGCACCCAGGCCAAGGCCUCUGGGCGUCCGAGGGUGCAGGGGCGGCUGCAAGAGAUAGCUGGCCUUCACGAAGUGACCGCUACAGGCAGCGCAGUCGCGGCCGCGUGUGCCCUGUCUGGGGUCACCAGAGCAGGACAGAGCUGGGGGCGGGCGCGGCACGGCUGGUGGGAACGGAAGACCCAAGGGAAAGGAAUGAGGGCGACUGGAAGCAGGCUGGGGGCCACCUCUCCACAGGAGAGGUCUGGCUCCUCUGGCAAACCCUGCAGCCCCAAGCAGGCUCCCAGCAGGCAUGGGACUGAAGACUGGGGAAGCGUCCUUCCCGACGCUGGGAAUCUGGUCUGCCGUGGCAAAUCCUGGGCAGCCCCACAACCCUUCUGUGUCACAGUGUCCCUGGGUUCAGCAAGCCACUGUGAGGCCAGUGAUGCCCUUCCACUCCAGCCUUGUCUGCAGAAAAGACGGAAUUAUGAGUGGACAGAUGAAGAAUGCUGAGUCACUGUCCGUCUCCUGAUCCUUCCCAGUGGACAGAUGAAG